AUGUCGUUAAUCAAGCGCGCCAUUCGGCUUGCAUCCGUGCCUGUUAUCUUUCUACUAGCUCUGUUUGCCCUACGACCAUCUGCGGUAAACACUUACCUUGAUGUCGAAGGUUGGCGCUACUAUUGGCCCCCAACUCCUUCACUGCAAGUCAUUCUCCCAUCCUGGGCGCGUGUGGCCGUUUUACUGGGAGGCAUAGAGGCACCAGCUGUGAGAAUUCGCCAAGGUAUAGUAAUCGGGAAAGUUCUCAGAGGUGAUCUGCCAAAACCCGUUGAGGCGUUUCUUGGAAUCCCAUAUGCGCUGCCACCAACGAACGAACGGAGGUUCAGCCCGCCGGUGCCUGUCAAUGCAUCGAAUAGCACUAUCGAUGCCACCAGUUAUGGCAAAAGAUGUUCAUCACCUCCACUGCUACUCUACGGAUGGUCUGAAGAUUGUUUGACUGUGAACAUAUUCCGUCCUCAGAUGCAAAAUAGGACGAGAAAAUUACCAGUAGCAGUAUAUUUCCAUGGUGGAGCAUUUAACGGUGGCAGCGUAGGGGGAGGCCACAACUCCGCCUCUAUGAUGGCCUGGUCUGAGAAGCCAUACGUUGCCGUAAACUUCAAUUAUAGGCUUGGGGCAUUUGGCUUCCUCUCAUCAAAAGUUGCUGCCAAGGAUGGCGUGCUCAAUGUAGGGCUACGUGACCAGAUCCUCUUGUUGAAAUGGGUACAGGAAAAUAUUGAAGCUUUCGGGGGCGAUCCAAACGACGUCGCCUUAUUUGGGCUAUCAGCUGGAGCACACUCAAUCGGCCAUCAUGUCAUGCAUUACAAAGAAGAAGUGCCGUCCCUUUUUCACAGAGUAAUUAUGGAAUCUGGGGCUGCAACCUCUCGCGCCGUUUACCCCUACUCCCACAGUCUCCAUGAGCUUCAAUUUGAAGAAUUCCUCGUUGAAGCCGGGUGCUCUGGUUUGGAAGAGGAUGAGGUCAUGCUAUGCCUGCGAAGCAAAUCGGCAUUAACCAUUGCUUGGGCCUCGUCCAAGAUCUUCUCCCGAUACGAACCCUCAGAUCGAUGGGCAUUCCAACCAGUCAUCGAUGGCGAUAUCAUCAAACAAGCUCCUGUCCAAGCUUGGAAAUCCGGUAACUGGAACAAAGUGCCAAUCCUCACCGGUUUCAACACGAAUGAAGGCACCUCCUUUGUUCCCUCAGAGAUAUCCAAGUCAGAAGAAUUCAUAAACUUCUUUCGCCUGCUCAUUCCCGCUAUGCCCGAAAAAGACCUCAACAAGCUUGACCAGUUAUAUCCAGACCCGCUCAAGUACCCAUCUUCUCCCUACGUGGAGACACGAAAUAUAAGAGUUGGCGCCCAGUUCAAGCGUGUUGAAGCCGCUUACGGUCAAUUCGCCUAUAUAUGUCCUGUUCGACAAACAGUCCACCUUGCCUCGGGAGCACAGCAAGCACCAGUAUUUUUGUACCACUGGGCUCUGAAUAAGACCGUGAAGGGCGGAGCAAACCACGGAGACCAAGGUGAGUACGAAACAUAUAACCGUGGCGUUCGACAAAUUUCCGCCGCCCAGGACGAAAUUGCUGGCAUUCUCCAUGCAUACUUCACGUCCUUUCUUACCACGGGUGACCCUAAUGCGGUGCCCGGUAGAUUUCCAGAUAGACCCAAGUGGAAGCCUUUUGGUAGUGGGUGGUGGUGGAAAAAUAGGACGCUUAUGCUAUUUGGGGAAGGGAAUGAUGAGCGGGCAGGGGGCGGUGGGGUUGGGAUUCCGGCACAGGUAGUGGACGAUGACUGGAGUCAGGAAGAGUGUGAGUUUUGGUCGGAUAGGAGUAUCAUGACGGAAUCUUAA